GCUGUUAGGCGCAUUUAUUAUUUAUUUUUGUUUACCUCAGCCUUGGCUCUCUAGUCCUGGUUAUUUAUUGAGGCAAAUCCUUUGGCUGCCAAAUGGAGAAGCCACCACCCCCUGAGGACAGCGGCCUGCUCUCCGCCACCGUGGUGGCUGGUCUCAAAAGUCUGGGCAACAUUAUUACGCCCGCUUUGACCAAGCUGCUCAUAGCAAAUGCCUUGAAACUAACCCUUCAUCCGGAUGCAACCAUUGCCCCCGUUCCAGAGCUCUAUGCCAGCAAUGCGGCCUGCGCCAAGCAAAGUGAAUAUGCUGUUGUCACCCUGCUCUCCCUGGCCACCAAGCAUGGUUGGGAUGGCUUCAUGCUCCGCCAGCAGCUGGAUCAUCUGUCCAUUAACAGCGCCGCCAUCGAGGAGCUGACCCGCGUGUAUGAGGAUAACCGCAAGGAUCUGGUGCUGCGGCAACUGCAGCUGGGCCACAAUUUUCCACACAUCACGGAUAUCCAAUGGCGCAUCGCCUGCGAUGUCAAGUCCUCCACUUCCGAUUGCAGCACUGGCGUGGCCAGCUUCUACAUUAAUCUGGGCCACUUCCGGCCGAGCAGCGGCGAGCGAGUCACCAUUGUGGAGUUCGUGUGCAAUGCCGAGGAGCUGCAGUCGCUGAUCAAUCGCCUGAAGGAGAUAGAGAGGCACUGCAGCCAGAUGGCCGUGGCUUAGGAGGGAGCAUGACAUUCUUAAUGUUUAUAUUUUGCAGCGAUAUAUAUAGAUAUAUAUAUAUAUGUAUGUAUAACAUUA